AGACGAGUCUGUAAACAGCAACAGGCAGAGCUGCGGUGCGCCGAUGGACGUAUAGCGCCUGUACCUUCGAACUAUAGGAUAGGGGGCGUGUCCCAGCUGCAGCACACGGACCCUCCAUUACAGGAAAGCCGAGCAGCACACAGGUCGACUCUAGCAAGGGGUCGCUUCGCAGGUUUUAUAGAACAACACUUAACUUUCCCUGCCGAAACAUCUGCGAAAGCUGCCGCGCAUCUCUCUGCACUCCCUGUCUGCUCAACUCGUUGGCGUCGCACGCAGCUAGAGACCAGGAGAGGGAAUCAGCUGUAGAUUGUUUUAUUGUCGAGAUUAAGGGGGCGGGGACUGACAGCGCGAGCCUACAGAAGCGUGCGAGCGCAGGAACGCAGCAGCAGCAACAGCAGCAGCAGCAACAACAUGGCGGCCUCCCUACUGAGGAUCGGACGGCUCGGAGCCCUGAAGUGUGUGCAGCUGGAGACAUGGGCGUCUCUCAGAAGGGCUCCAGCGGCUGCGUUCAGCUCCAAGUCUGGAGACAAGAAGUCCAAGAAAAAGUCAACAGAAGUCUCUGCGCAGACCUACUUUGACCUAGAGAAAAUGGUCCAGCACAGAACGCUCGUGGAUUUCCCCAAGAAGGAGACGGUAGUGGCUGCGGCCGAAGCAGCAGUCAAGUCACCCGUGUCUGAGCCCCCUGCCGAGGCCACCGCUCCUGCUGCUGCCGCCCCCAUCGCUGAACCAGUCGCAGAGGCAGCACCAGUCGUUGAAGCUGCUGCCCCAGUGGUUGAAGCUGCUGCCCCAGUGGUUGAAGCUGCUGCCCCAGUCGUUGAAGCUGCUGCCCCAGUGGUUGAAGCUGUCACAGAAACUGCCCCAGUGGUUGAAGCUGUCGCAGAAACUGCCCCAGUGGUUGAAGCUGUCGCAGAAACUGCUGCCCCAGUGGUUGAAGCUGCUGCCCCAGUCGUUGAAGCAGUCGCAGAAGCUGCCCCAGUGGUUGAGGCAGUUGCCGAAGCUGCUGCCCCAGUCGUUGAAGCAGUCGCAGAAGCUGCCCCAGUGGUUGAGGCAGUUGCCGAAGCUGCUGCCCCAGUCGUUGAAGCAGUCGCAGAAGCUGCCCCAGUGGUUGAGGCAGUUGCCGAAGCUGCUGCCCCAGUCGUUGAAGCAGUCGCAGAAGCUGUUGCAGAAGCCGCCCCAGUGGUUGAAGCAGUUGCAGAAGCUGCCCCAGUCGUUGAAGCUGUCGCAGAAGCUGUUGCAGAAGCCGCCCCAGUGGUUGAAGCAGUUGCAGAAGCUGCCCCAGUCGUCGAAGCUGCUGCCCCAGUGGUUGAAGCUGUCGCAGAAGCCGCCCCAGACGUCGAAGCUGCUGCCCCAGUGGUUGAAGCUGUUGCAGAAGCAGUCGCAGAAGCCGCCCCAGUGGUUGAAGCAGUCGCAGAAGCUGCCCCUGUUGCUGAGGCAGAAGCCCCAGUUGUUGAAGCAGAAGCUGCCCCAGCUGUAGAAGCUGCCCCAGCAGCAGACGCCCCAGCUGUAGAAGCUGCCCCAGCAGUAGAAGCUGCCCCAGCAGUAGAAGCUGCCCCAGCUGUAGAAGCUGCCCCAGCAGCAGACGCCGUGGUUGCAGAAGAGGUGGAAGCCCCAGUAGAGGCAGUAGCACAAGCGGUGGCUGAAGCAGCGGCUGAGGCGCCUGCUGAAGUUGCCCCAGCUGCCGAGGAGCUGGUGGACGCCGCUGCAGAUGUGGGCAUGGACCCCAUUCAGAAGCUCUUCCUGGAUUCCAUUCGCCAGUAUUCUACACAGAGCCAGGCGACCGGUGAGAUGGUGGAUGCGGGCCCCGAGUACCAGAAGGCGGUGGCGGAGGAGGUGGCCAAACUGCAGCGCCUCUACGGGGGCGGAGACCUGGACGCCUUCCCAGAAUUCACUUUCCAAGAGCCCAAGUUUGAUGAAGUAGCCGCCAAGUAAACACCAUUCUCCUCCUCUUCCUCGUCCUCCUCAUCCUCCUCUUCCUCUUCUGCCCAGCCCCAGGACUGUACUGUCUCAGAGGAACUCUUAGUUUCAUUUCUAUGUGAGAACCUGAUGGCCUUUUAGCCAAGAACUCUUUAACAGACAAACACACUCACACACUCCUGAUGAGGGACCAGGAGGCCUUUUAUCAGUAGCCAUAGCAACACGCACCUCCCCUCCACACACCACACUCACACACACACACACACUCACACUCACACACACACACACACACACUCUCUCUCUCUCUCGUGGAAAUGUGAUGGCCUUGUUGCUUGUGAAGGGAUUUGCUCCAGCAGGGAGGGGUGUUGGCCCCCGCCUGCAGCCUCAGCGUACUGCCACAAGAGGGCGCCAGUGGGGCAAUAGAGUCUACUGUCUGGAAAUGAAACGUCUGUACGCAAAUAAAGUCUACUGUGAGCCA